GUAGUAACCAAAAAAGUGUUAAACAAAUCACCUGGAAUGCAUUUCGAUUAACAAGUGUGCUUUGUUAAGUUGAUUUGUGGAAUUUCUUUCUAUCCUUUAAUGCGUUUGAGCCAAUCAGUUGUGUUGUGACAAAGUAGGGGUGGUAUACAGAAGAUAGCCCUAUUUGGUAAAAUACCAAGUCCAUAGUAUGGCAAGAACAGCUCAAAUAAGCAAAGAGAAACGACAGUCCAUCAUUAGUUUAAGACAUGAAGGUCAAUCAUUAGUUUAAGACAUGAAGGUCAGUCAAUCCGGAAAAUGGCAAGAACUUUGUCAAGAACAUUUCUUCAAGUGCAGUCACAAAAACCAUCAAGUGCUAUGAUGAAACUGGGUCUCAUGAAGACCACCACAGGAAAGGAAGACCCAGCGUUACCUCUGCUGCAGAGGAUACGUUUAGAGUUACCAGCCUCAGAAAUUGCAGCCCAAAUAAAUGCUUCACAGAGUUCAAGUAACAGACACAUCUCAACAUCAACUGUUCAGAGGAGACUGAAUCAGGCCAUAAUGGUCGAAUUGCUGCAAAGAAACCACUACUAAAGGACACCAGUAAAGGAGAGACUUGCUUGGGACAAGAAACACAAGCAAUGGGCAUUAUACCUGCGAAAAUCUGUCCUUCGGUCUGAUGAGUCCAAAUUUGAGAUUUUUGGAUUCCAACCUCCGUGUCUUUGUGAGACGCAGAAUAGGUGAACGGAUGAUAUCCGCAUGUGUAGUUCCCACUGUGAAGCAUGGAGGAGGAGGUGGGAUGGUGUAGGGUUGCUUUGCUGGUUACACUGUCUGUGAUUUAUUUAGAAUUCAAGGCACACUUAACCAGCAUGGCUACCACAGCAUUCUGCUGCGAUACGCCAUCCCAUCUGGUUUGCACUUAGUGGGACUAUCAUUUGUUUUUCAACAGGACAAUGACCCAACGCACCUCCAGGCUGUGUAAGGGAUAUUUGACCAAGGAGAGUGAUGGAGUGUUGCAUCAGAUGAUCUGGCCUAUACAAUCACCUGACCUCAACCCAAUUGAGAUGGUUUGGGAUGAGUUGGACCGCAGAGUGAAGGAAAAGCAGCCAACAAGUGCUCAGCACAUGUGGGGAUCUCCCUUCAAGACUGUUGGAAAAGCAUUCCAGGUGAAGCUGGUUGAGAGAAUGCCAAGAGUGUGCAAAGCUGUCAUCAAGGCAAAGGGUGGCUACUUUGAAGAAUCUCAAAUAUAAAAUAUAUUUAGAUUUGUUUAACACUUUUUUGGUUACUACAUAAUUCCAUAUGUGUUAUUUAAUAGUUUUGAUGUCUAUUAUUCUACAAUGUAAAAAUAAAGACAAACCCUUGGACACACCUACUCAUUCAAACUUUUGACUGGUACUGUAUAUAUUUUAUUUUUCAUUAUUGACCAGGAUGCCGGGUCUUUUACAAAUACUUUCUAUGUAAGUCUAUAAUAUCUUGUAGCCUAAUUUCCUUUGUAUAGUUUCAAAACUCUAUAUUGUUUGUGGUUUUCCCUUUCAGUCGCUCACUCAUUCACCCUCCUUCUGGGCUUGUAGGUGUUUUACAUUUACAUUUAAGUCAUUUAGCAGACGCUCUUAUCCAGAGCGACUUACAAAUUGGAUUUUGACUCUGGGACGGUUAUUGUGUGAAGCAGCUUCAUAGUAGAUCUCAAUCCAGACUUUGAAAAAUUCACCUGAUUUUGGAUAGUAGCUUGGAUAGGUCAAUUUUGGCACUGAUAGCACCAACUAUCAAAUGUUUGUUUGGAUCAAAGAGCAAAUCCGGUGGUUACUAGGCUUUGAGUUUAUCUGAUGGAUAUCUCUGAGGUGCUUGUUUUUGUCACUGUGUCUCUUGUAUGGCGUACUGCAAUCUGCAUGCUCAUGCUGAGUGAUCUGCAUAUCAAAAUCCUCUUUAUAAUACUAAUUGUUGUCCUGCAUCUUUCCUUUCUCUGGGCCUAUAUGAAAUGGUUCUGUGGUUAGGCUAAUCAUUUGGGGAUCGGGGACAUAGGCUAGCCCUAUAUCUUUGCCUUCACACACACUCAUGACACACUUCACUGACCCACUGUAUGUAGGCCUAGCUCUUGAAGAUGAGCGUCUUUACCUCAAUAGGUUGCUACUAAUCAAAUUGUAUUUGUCACAUUUAUUUUAUUUAACCUUAAUGUAACUAGGCAAGUCAGUUAAGAAUAAAUGCUUAUUUUAGAAUGACGGACUACCCCGGCCAAACCCUCCCCUAACCCAGACGACGCUGGGCCAAUUGUGCACCGCCCUAUGGGACUCCUGAUCAUGGCCUGGGAUCGAACCAGGGUCUGUAGUGACGCCUCUAGCACUGAGAUGCAGUGCCUUCGACCGCUACGCCACUCUGGAGCCUACAUGCGCCGAAUACAACAGGUGUAGGUAGACCUUACCGUGAAAUGCUUACUUAACCCUUAACCCUUAGCCCUUAACCAACCAUGCAGUUCAAGAAAGAGUUAAGAAAAUAUUUACUAAAUAAACAAAAGUAAAAAAUAAACUAAAAUUAAAAGUAACACAAUAAAUAACAAUAACGAGGCUAUAUACAGGAGGUACCAGUACUGAGUCGAUGUGCGCGGGUACAGGUUAGUCAGUCAUUUGUUCAUGUAUGUAAGGGUAAAGUGACUAUACAUAGUUAAUAAACAGCGAGUAGCAGCAGUGUAAAAACAAAGGAGGGGGGAUGUCCAUUUGAUGAGUUGUUCGGCAGUCUUAUGGCUUGGGGGUAGAAGCUGUUAAGGAGCCUUUUGGACCUAGACUUGGCACUCCAGUACUGCUUCCUUUGCGGUUGCAGAGAGAACAUUCUAUGACUUGGGUGACUGGAGUUUUUGACUUUUCUUUUGGGCCUUCCUCUGACGUCACCUAGUAUAUAGGUCCUGGAUGGCAGGAAGCUUGGCCCCAGUGAUGUACUGGGCUGUACGCACUACCCUCCGUUGUGCCUUACUAUUAUGGUCGCCAUUUUUUAAUUGAUCUCAGGGAGUUCAAUGUCCAAUGCAGCUAUUUUUAUCUCAAAUAAUUUAUGGGUAACAAUUAAGUACCUUACAGUGAUUAUUUUUUUACAAUUUAAAUUGAAAACAAACUCAAACCAUUUCUCAAGCAAGAUUUUUUCUAGAACUGUCUGGGAGUGGUCUGAGUGGGGAGGGGGAAAACUACAAACUAGCUGUUAUUGGCAUCUACUUACCUAGAUUAACUCGUGGAUACCAUUUGUAAGUCUCUGCGUGCAGUUUGAAGGAAGUUGCUAACUAGAGUUAGCGCAAUGAUUAGAAGUCUAUGAUAACUGCUAGCAUGCUACAGUAGUAGAUACCAUAGACAUUCAGUCAUUGCUCUAAUGCUAGUUAGCAUUGGUUUGCGAAACUACCUCUAACUUCCUUCAUACUGGAUGCAGAGACAUGGUAUCUAUGAUUUCAUCUGACUCAGGGGAAGUAGAUAAAUGGCUUCAUUGCCAAAAUCCUGAAGUAUCCCUGUAACUAAUUCAGAGUGGCUGUAGAUCCAACUGUCGGCAAGUGCAGUCAGGGGAUAUGAAUCUGCGACAGCCGAAAGUCGGACACUAUAGUGGUUUUUCAACAGCAAGGCUCAGAUCAACAUUGUUUAUACAAGUUUUUCUUUAUAAAUGUCCAAAUACACUAUUCUAUACCCCCAUAUCACAAACUGAAAACCUAACGUGUACAAUUAAUUGGUUAAAGAGGUCUCAAAUAUCACUUUCAUUUGUAUCCCCUGUAGCUUUAGUAUCGAGGAAAAGUUGGUUCCUGUUUCAGUCAUAUCUUUGGCCACGUUCUCGUGGGUCAAACAAAAACACCCCAAAUGAUUGGUUGACAAAUAGUGCCUCCCACAAUGCAAGUGAUGGCUGCAUGGUGCAGUUGGCGAGGAGACACUGCAGCGACUUGAAUCUGACUUCAUCAAAAACAGCAUGACUUUUGAUCACAUGAUUUUUGUGUAGUUCAUGCAGUCGACAUGUAGUGGCAACAUUUUUUUAUACCCAUAACGCAACACACUUUGAAAGGCGGAGACCAACGUUGGUCAACGCCUUGACAAAAGUGAUCCGCUCGAACGCACCCCUGUGCGGAGAACAGGCUACUAGGGGGAAGUUAGAUCAAGCUCACUCAAUGUCUGCAAGAUCAUAUAACAGAACCAAAAUGUAACGGCACAAUGUCAUGUUACUGUAAGACAAAAACACAAUUGUUUUUUCUCAUGAGGCCAAAACUCAACCAUGUGCGUCUCUAGGCAAAAUACACAGGUAGGCUAUGCUACAGUUUAACAACAUGUUCUCUAAAAUUUGCUCAGUGUACAUCAUUCAAAACAACACUAUAUAACUCAAGGCACAAAAUUCAAAUCCCCAUUAUACUGAUUGAGAUCUGAUGGUUGGUUACUAUGGGUAAAACUUGAAGAAUUAUCAUUCACAAUUAAAUGCUGUGUUGUUUUUGUCUUACGGUAACGUUGUGCUAUUAUAUUUGGUUCUGUUAUGUAGAAUAUUGUGAGAUCUUGCAGACAUUGAUUCAGCUUGAUCUAACUUUAAUAAACAAGCACCAUUCGCCUGAGUAGCCUGUUCUCUGCGUGUAGAGAAUUUAUUAGGUACAGCACCCUGUUCACGAAAAUGGUUUACUCCUACAGAAAGUGAGUCUCGUGGUCGUGGCUUGCUAUAUAAAGCGGGCAUCAAGGCAGUCAUUUACUGUUCGAUUGAGUGUUAGAAUGGGCAAAACAAGUGAUCUAAGUGAUUUUGAGCAUGGUAUGAACGUCGGUGCCAGGCGCGCCAGUCCCAGUAUCUCAGGAACUGGGCUUUUCAUGCACGACAGUGUCUCGGGUUUACAGAGAAUGGUGCGACAAACAUCCAGUCAGUGGUAGUCCUGUGGAUGAAAACAGCUCGUUGAUGAGAGGUCGUAGGACAAUGGCAAGAAUCGUGCAAGCUAAAAGGCAGACCACAAACAGGCAAAUAACGGCGCAGUACAAUGGUGGUGUUCAAAUCAAAUUUAUUUAUAUAGCCCUUCGUACAUCAGCUGAUAUCUCAAAGUGCUGUACAGAAACCCAGCCUAAACCCCCAAACAGCAAGCAAUGCAGGUGUAGAAGCACGGUGGCUAGGAAAAACUCCCUAGAAAGGCCAAAACCUAGGAAGAAACCUAGAGAGGAACCAGGCUAUGUGGGGUGGCCAGUCCUCUUCUGGCUGUGCCGGGUGGAGAUUAUAACAGAACAUGGCCAAGAUGUUCAAAUGUUCAUAAAUGACCAGCAUGGUCGAAUAAUAACAAGGCAGAACAGUUGAAACUGGAGCAGCAGCACGGCCAGGUGGACUGGGGACAGCAAGGAGUCAUCAUGUCAGGUAGUCCUGGGGCAUGGUCCUCCGAGAGAGAGAAAGAAAGAGAGAAGGAGAGAAUUAGAGAACGCACACUUAAAUUCACACAGGACACCGAAUAGGACAGGAGAAGUACUCCAGAUAUAACAAACUGACCCUAGCCCCCAGACACAAACUACUGCAGCAUAAAUACCGGAGGCUUAGACAGGAGGGGUCAGGAGACACUGUGGCCCCAUCCGAGGACACCCCCGGACAGGGCCAAACAGGAAGGAUAUAACCCCACCCACUUUGCCAAAGCACAGCCUCCACACCCCAGAACCCAUAUCUCGUCGGCCCUUGUCACGAAUGGACUAUUGCAGCAGACGACCACACCGGGUUCGACUCCUAUCAGCUAAAAAACAAGAAGCGGCUCCAGUGGGCACGCAGUCACCAAUACCUGACAAUUGAGGAGUGGAAAAAUAUUGCCUAGUUUGACGAAUCCCAGUUUCUGUUGCAUCAUGUUGGUGUCAGUCAGGAUUUGGCAUAAGCGGCAAGAGUCCAUGGCCCCACCCUGCCUGGUGUCAACAGUACAGGCUGGUGGCAGUGGUGUAAUGGUGUGGGGAAUGUUUUCCUGGCACACGUUAGGUCCCUUGAUACCAAUUGAGCAAUGCUUCAUUGCCCGGAGAAUUCAAGCUGUUCUGGAGGCAAAGGUGGUUCUGGCCCGGUACUAGUGUACCUAAUAACCUGGCUACUGAGUGUGCACAUACGCAGAACGUGAUCUGCACAUGCACAGUCUUCGGGAAGCUCUGGAUGUUUUAGUCGGCAGACUAAAGAAAAUACACAUCACAACGAGACACCAAAACAUUUCAUAAAGAGAGACCUAAGACCGCAACAUAGCAUGACAGCAACACAUGAAAACACAGCAUGGUAGAAACACAUGGCAGCAACACAACUUCGUAGCAGCACAAUACAUGCUACAAACAUUAUUGGUGUGAUGUCCCCAGGCAGGUCAAAGCUCCAUCCCUUCAAAACAGGCUGACAUUCCAGGCGGUCUUUUCAAACAGCUCUUACACUAAAAGGGCAUUUUCAUAAUUUUUUACAAUUUCACAGUAUUAUUCCGACCGUGUUUGUGUGUAUAUAUAUAUUAAUAUAUCACAGGAAUUUUUUAUAUUUUUUAUUGCAUAUCCAAUGAUUUGUUCCUCACAAUUUUUAUAGAUUUCUCAGAUACAUUUUAAAGGGGGAUUUCACAGGUUUGAAGAACCUCAAUUGAUUGACAUAAAAUUCAUUAGACUUUUUUUCCAGACAAUCUGGUGACUCAAAAUGAGACAUUUUGCAAAGUGUAUGAUCCCUCUUUAAACAGUGUCUGUGAGUGCAUGCAAAAUGUCUCUGUGUGAAGCUGAUCACUGCUUUUUGUCUGGGUCUCACUAUCACUGCUGUCUUAUUUCAUCUCACCUCUUCCUCUCUCCUCAUUGGAUGGGACUUCGCUGGGGUCUGCCAAUCACAUUAGGAGCUUGAUGAGUUGGCUGAUGACCGCAUGGCCUUGGUCUCAGGGAUCAGUCUGGACCCAGAAGCUGCCGUCGGAGUCACCAAGAGACUGCCGCCCAAGUGGGUAGAUGGGGUCGUUGAGAUUCAGUAUGAAAUCACACGGGUCCGGCAGAAAAUGAAGGAGCUGGCCGCCCUCCAUGACAAGCACAUGAACCGCCCUACCCUCGAUGACAGCAGUGAAGAGGAGCAUGCCAUAGAGAUCACCACUCAGGAGAUCACACAGAUGUUCCACCGGUGUCAGCGUGCAGUGACAGGUCUGCAGACUCGCUGUGGCCACUGCACAGAGCAGGAGGAGAGGCUGCUGAGAAAUGUGGUGUCCUCAUUGGCAGGGAGCCUGCAAGAGCUCUCCACCAACUUCAGACACACGCAGUCCAGCUAUCUGAAACGCAUGAAGAAUCGUGAGGAGAGAUCCAAACACUUUUUUGACUCUGGUCCUCUAAUGGAGGAGGAUGAAGACCUGGCACUAUAUGAAAUGGGGUUUACAGAUGACCAGCUGGUCCUGGUAGAGCAGAACACAGUGAUGGUGGAGGAACGUGAGAGAGAGGUCCGACAGAUAGUCCAGUCCAUCACCGACCUGAAUGAGAUUUUCCGAGACCUGGCAGGAAUGGUGGUGGAACAGGGCACAGUACUUGACAGAAUUGACUUUAAUGUGGAGCAAUCGUGUGUCAAAACAGAUGAGGGGUUAAAACAGUUACAAAAGGCUGAACAGUAUCAGAAGAAAAACCGAAAGAUGCUGGUUAUUUUAAUUCUUACUGUUAUAGUUGUUGUUCUAAUACUUAUUCUAUUUGGGACCAAGUUCUAGUGAUGCAUUCCUUUGCUUUUGGUAUGUCUGUGUGAAUGUUUGGUGUGCAUCUAUGUGUGCUUGUGUGAGGGGUGUCUGUCAGUAUCGUUUAAAGUACAAUCUGUCCAACUUUCCAAUCACCCUUCCCGAAUCUCUCUCUGUAUGGCUCAUGAAGAUGUAUUGAAUGCAUGAUCCCUAAGAGAGGACAGCCAGGGAGAGUUCCUAUUUCACUUUUCAACUGGCCUGCACACAUGGCCACUGUCCGCCCCAAUACCCUCUUAAACAUGACCGUACCCUCCAUCUGUUAUGGUUCCUGCUGCAAACAAACACAGAAAAAAACACUCCUUAAAUUCCCUUGUGGAAGACUACUGAUUAAUUGUCAUGGCCACACAUUUUGCUUGUUUUUCAAGCAAAUAAGUGGUUUGCUUGUGUGAGCGUAAGCAUCAUAUGUCCAGUUUUAUUGUAAGCUAUAGCUGUAAGCCCUGCCCUCCAAUGUCUGUUUUCAAGAGAAGAAUCCUGACAACUCAACUAGUCAACUAGAUGAAUAUUGAAUGUCUAUGAACAAGGAACAUUUGUGUCUCGUGGCGAUUCUACACGACCCUGGUCAUUUUUGCAUUUGAUUUUUCACUUUAUCAUGGUUACUUUUUUAGAGGGAGAAAUGACAAGGUUUGCAUCUCAGUGGCUGAAAAACUACAAUAGCUGAUUCAUUGAAUACCAAAAACAACCUUUUGGUUUAAGAGCUGUAGUUGACCAUCAUGUCUCUACCAAGAGUAGUGUCUUUAAUGAAUUUGCACAUUUAGAUCACUUGAUGACUGCUUUCUUUUGUUUCAUGACCUUUAUUGUCCGAUAUCGCUAACACAUCAGUUCAGUUUGUUCUUGUCUUUUAUCCCUCACAGUUUGCACAUAUCGAAAGACUGAUGGGUUUGGUUUCAUGGCUGUGAAGGUCUCCUGUAUAAUAUGAAAUUAUAAUUAUUUAUUUUGAAUUUAAAUUGUAUAAAAGUUCAACGUUUUUUGUCUAAUAUGACAAAGAUGUAUUGAGUAGCCUACAUUGUGUCUUUGGCCUAAAGUAUGGGGAUGAAAAUUGUGAUCAAGCCUUGAUCUCAGAAAUGACUUUGCCCAUUCCACUGCAAAAUCAAUUAAAAAUUGAGUACCUUUUUCUCACACUA